CCCCUCCCCAGGCCCCCGCGUGAGCGGUCCGGUCGGGCCCGUCAGCUCUGGGGGCGCAGGUGGGGCCGAGUCCUCGUCGGGAGAAGGUGUUCGGUGAGGGCGGCGGCAGGGGAGGGCGCCUUUGUGACCAUCACGAUAACCACGAGGUCGCUAACAGCAGUAUGCAGUUAAAAACUGCAGUUUUUCUCAGAACUAAGGUGUCAUCUGCAGAACAUUUUGUUAAGUUCUAGUAAUCGCUGUGUAAGCGGCUGCAGUCAGAAGACACUUUGGUUCCUUCGUUUGGUAUUGCAUUUAAUGCUGACAAUAUGCCUACCUGCUAUAAACAUGCAAUUUUUUUAAAUGAAAGGAAUUUUCCGGGGGCGGAAUAAUAUACCCCAGGGCGCAAGCUGCUGGAUGAGGCGGGUAGGAUGCAAAUACAAAGAGAUUUUACUCCCUAUCACCUGCCCUGCCCCAAACCCAGAGUUGCAAGCUUUGGAGCUCUUACCAGAGUAAUCCCCAGAUUUCCAGAGAAAUGACUGUGAUGUGAAUGUGGACAGGGUCUCACUUCGAGUUAAAUACAGACUGGCAUUUAUGGAUGAAUACUUCUAUAAACUCUGGAACCCUCCUGCACUCUUAGGCUACUUUGUCCUCAAAAUCACAGUCUCAUAACUAAUGCAGAGCUGGCCCAUAGAAAGAUAAUGCAAACCAAAUUUAAAUUUUUUUAGUAGCAACAGUAAAAAGAAAAAGGUGAUGUUAAUUGUACUGAAUUUAACUCACUGCCCAAAAAUGUUACUUUGACUAGUCACACUACUAGUCUCUUAGCUGCAUGCAGUUAAUUGGUACAGUACAGAGUAGUACAUUUCUAGUGGAUUUCAGAAGAACCAGGUUUAGAGUAUGAGAUGAUGGUUUCAAAUAACAUGAAUUUAUUGCUGAGGUCCAAGAUCCAGCCCCUCUGUAGAAAAGUAAUUAUUCUAAGAUAGUAACGAGGUAGCUUCAGGAACAACUGCCGCUUGUAAGAAUGGCCCUUCAGACAGACCACUCAACCAGAGCUUCAGAGCAGAUGCAGAAGGUUGUAGAAAGGAGCAGGCCUGAUCUCUACCAGAAGCAGUUCUUUAUCCGUGUAUAGCAUGACUUGGUGAUGUCACCAGACCUGGACGUCAUCACAGACUGACAGUAUGCACUGGACCCAUUUGCAGAGGGUGGUAACCUGGGGUUGAGAGGAAUGGGCGACUCAGGCUGCACAGGAAAAACCACUUCACUGGAUGCCGGUAAGAACAUGAUGUCCAAGGAAAGUGAAAGCAGCCAGAGCUGACAAAAUCCUAAACAGCAUCCCAUUUUCUUUAUUCUCUCACUCCAGAUUCUGAGCUGUGCUCAGGCCAUGUCCAUCACCACAUGUGGCAUUUAGAGUUCUGCUGAUGCUCCUUCUUUCCUGAACACAGCAAAUAACAAAAUGAUAGUACAAGCGGCAUUUUCUAUUUUGGACACUUCUGGAGACCCAAAACUCUUGGGCCUGAAAUGGAAUGAUUUUUGUAGAGGCAAGAACUAAGCACAGUGCUAAUUGCAUAGCACAGGUUAAGUACUGUAAGCAUUUUAUCAAAAGAUGUUUUCUAGAAACUAAUCAAUUUAGAAAAAAAACUUAAAAAUGUAUUUCUUGCAUAAGGCAUCCCAUCUUUAUUUCAGAGUUUUCUCUGGAAGCUCUAGGUGUAAAGACUGACUGCAAUCCUGUCUGAGUAAUUUCUGACAGCACUAGUUUUAAUGAAAGUAAAAGGUUUCACCUCUAAUGUACCUAAAUUGUUUUGCAGUCCUCUUGUUGUUUUUUUGUUGUUAUUAGAAGAGAACAUAAAUUGUUAAUUCAUCAACAAAGAGCAAUUUACCUUACUCAGUGAAAAUGGCAGAUUAAACCCACACAGCCAUGUCAGAGAUGCACUCUUUUAGGUGUUACAACCUUUGUGUGGGCUGGUCCUUCCCAUCCCUUCUCACAAAUAUCAGAGAUAUUCUCCCAUAGGGGAAAAUUUUCUCCAGCGGAUGUAAAAUUUUUAGGUAAAUGAACAUAGGAGUUGUAAGGCAGACCAGGUUUCUCAUGACCCUAUUUCUCUUUCCUUCCCAGAUAAACCUUCAGUUUUUUUACAUUCUUCUAGGAGCAGCAGAAAAUGAACAUAGCCGAGACUAAAAUUUCAUGAGAGGUGUUCCUGUUCCUUUUUUCAUUUAUUACCAGCUGUUGGCACUGAACUUCACACAGAGGAGGUACUAAUACUGAAGAUGGGUCAGUGUCAUUCAAAGAUGUGACUGUGGAGCUCACCCAGGAGGAGUGGCAGGCCCUGGGCCCUGCGCAGAGGACCCUAUACAGAGAUGUCAUGCUGGAGAACUACAGCCACCUUGUCUCAGUGGGGUAUUGCAUUACUAAACCUGAGGUGAUCUUCAAGUUGGAGCAAGGAGAAGAGCCCUGGUCCUUAGAGGAAGAAUUCCUACACCAGAGGCACCCAGGAUACUACAAAGUUGAUGUCCACAUUCAGCAGAACCAGGAAAAGCAAGAGAAACCUCUGUGGCAAGUAAUAUUCAUUGAUAACAAAACACUGAGUAAAGAAAGGCAGAAAGUUUUAGAAAAAAUAUUUAAUCUGAACAUGACUCCAGAAUUUUUAGGAAAAAUGCCCUGUACAUGUGAUUCACUUGGAAUGAAUGUGCCAGUUGUUUCUGAAUUGAUUAUUAGUGACAGAAUUUAUUCAAGAAAGAAGAUUGAUUAUAUGAAUAUAUGUGAAAAGAUACAGCUUGAUACUAAGCAUGAGAAAAUUCAUACUUGUGAAUAUAACAAAAAUAUGAAAACUCUCAAUUAUAAGGAAGAUCAUCAGAAAUUUCAAACUCUGAAGCAAUCUUUUGAAUGUAAUGAAUAUGGAAAUGUUUUCCUUGAUAACUCAGACUGUGUCACAGCUAAGAGUUCUGUGACAAGAGAGGAAUCCUGUACAGAUGAUGAAUUUAGGAAAAACUGUGAUAAAGCAACUGUAUUUAACUGCACAAGAACUGGCACAAGGGAGAAAUGCUUUCCUCUUAGUGAAUGUGGGAAAUCUUGUGGCAAAACCGUUGUGAAAUACAGUAAAGUUCAAAUGACUAUGACACACCAUGAAUGUAAUGAAAAUGAGAAUAACUGCAGCAGGAAUUCACCCCUCACCAAAGCUCAGAGAACCAUUACAGGACAGGAAACUUUUGCAAGCAAUAAAUGUGAAGAAAACUUGAGCCAGAGCUCAGCCCAUAUAAUACAUCAGAAGACACAAACUGGUGAUAAAUUCUGUGUGUACAGUGGAUGUACAAGUGCCUUCUAUCAAAAAUCAGACAUUAUAAUGCAUCAGAGAACUCACACAGAAGAGAAACUCUACCAAUGUGGUAAAUACGGGAAGUCCCUUCAUCAAAACUUAGCUCCCAAUGUAUAUCAGCAAAGUGACACAGGAGAGAAGUCAUUUGAGUGUAAUGAAUGCAGGACAUGCUUUUACCAGAAUCCUCAUCAGAGGAUGCACUCAGGAGUGAAAUGUUACAAAUGUGAGAAAUGUGGGAAUUCUUUUUGUUCAGAUUCAUACCUUUUUUAUCCUAGAACUGAUACGGGUGUCAGUCUCUAUGGACGUAAUGAAUGUGGGAAAACUUCCUGUCACAAGCCAGACCUUGUUGAACAUCUGACAGUUCACACAAAGGAGAAACCUUAUGAUAACAGUGGAUUUGGGAAAUCUUACAAGAAAUCUGCCUUCAUCUUACACUUGAAAACACACACACAGAUGAAACCCUUUCAAAGUAUUGAAUAUGGGAAAACAUUCUCUGAGAUGGCAUAUCUCAAAGAACAUCAGAGAACUCAAAAAGGAGAGAAAUGCUUUGAGUGUAUAGAAUGUGGGAGAGCUUUCUCCAAGACAUCACAACUCAGUGCACAUCGGACAAUUCACACAAGCAAAAAACCCUAUGGAUGUAUUGAAUGUGGGAAGUCUUUCUCCCACAGGGCACACCUAAGUGCACAUCAGAGAAUUCACACAGGCGAGAAGCCCUAUGGAUGUAAUGAAUGUGGGAAAACUUUUGCUGAUAAUUCAACCCUCAGAGCACAUCAGAGAAUUCACACAGGCGAAAAACCCUAUGAGUGUAGUGAGUGUGGUAGGUCUUUUGCCCAUGUAUCUGUUCUCAAAGCACAUCAGAGAAUUCAUACAGGGGAGAAACCCUAUGAAUGUAAUGACUGUGGUAGGUCUUUCGCCCAUAACUCAGCCCUCAGAGCACAUCAGAGAACUCACACAGGGGAGAAACCUUAUGAAUGUAAUGACUGUGCGAAAACUUUUGCCCAUAACUCAGCCCUCAGAGUACAUCAGAGAACUCACACAGGGGAGAAACCCUAUGAAUGCCAUCAGUGUGAAAAAACUUUUGCCCAUAAUUCAGCCCUCAGAGCACAUCAGAAAAUUCAUACAAGAGAGAAACUCUAUGAAUGUAAUGAAUGUGGGAAAACUUUUUCCCAGAAGACACACCUCAGUACACACCAGAGAAUUCACACAGGGGAGAAACCCUAUGAAUGCAGUGAAUGUGGGAAAACCUUCUCCCAGAAAUCAUACCUCAGUGGACAUGAGAGAAUUCAUAAAGGGGAAAAGCCUUAUGAAUGUAGUGGAUGUCAGAAAACUUUUGUCUAUAAGGCAGCCCUUACAGUCCAUCAAAGAAUUCACACAGGAGAGAAACCCUACAAAUGUAAUGAAUGUGGAAAAACUUUCUCCCAAAGGACACACCUUAGUGCACAUCAGAGAAUUCACACAGGAGAAAAACCUUAUGAAUGUAAUAAAUGUGGGAAAACUUUUGCUGAUAAUUCAGCUCUCAGGGCACAUCAGAGAACUCACACGGGGGAAAGACCCUAUGAAUGUAAUGAAUGUGGAAAAACUUUCUCCAAGACAUCACACCUCAGAGCACAUCUGAGGACUCGCACAGGGGAGAAACCCUAUGAAUGUAAUGAAUGUGGGAAAACUUUUUCCCAGAAAUCUUAUGUUAUGGCACAUCAGAGAACUCACACAGGGGAGAAACCCUAUGAAUGUAAUAUAUGUGGGAAACCUUUUGCCCACAAUUCAACCCUCAGAGUACAUCAAAGAAUUCACACAGGUGUAAAAUCCUAUGAAUGUAAUGAAUGUGGGAAAACUUUUUCUCAGAAGUCACACCUCAGUGCACACCAGAGAAUUCACACAGGAGAGAAACCCUAUGAGUGUAAUGAAUGUGGAAAAGCUUUUGCCCAAAAUUCAACUCUCAGAGUACAUCAGAGAAUUCACACAGGGGAGAAACCUUAUGAAUGUAGUGAGUGCAAGAAAACCUUUGUCCGUAAGGCAGCUCUUAGAGUACAUCACACCAGAAUGCACACCAGAGUGAAAACUCUUGCAUAUAAUGAAUUUGGAAAGUCCUAAAGGAACUCACACCAUAUUGCCUAAUGCCACAGUGGAAAAUCUCAUGUCACAGAGACUGGCAAAUUGUUUCCCCUAACAAUUUCCUUUUCUAUUAGACACAUAGUUUGUCUAAAUUUCCCAAUCUGUACCUCACCCAACUGGGGCUGGUUAUGGAAUAUGAUGCUAUUACAUUUAAGCCAAGUCUGGCCUUAAAAAGUUGCCAUAUAUUCCUCCUAUUCUGCAUUUCCUGGAAUGGAGAGAUUUCCAGGGCAGACUUGGGGGCUGUGUUUUGAACGUGGUAGUGUACCCGAUGAAAGAAGCUGGAAUCUGAGUAGCUGGGUAAAACAAUUUUCCAUUAGUAGAUCUUCACCAGUGCCAGAGGUGCCAUCUUCUCCUGUUUUAAAGGCCCACCCAGCUGUAAUUAAGAAAAUAAAAAUGAAAUAACCGUGGGCUCCUCAGUGGGAGGAGCAGCCACCUCCCCAGGUUGUGCAGCAUUCCAUGCUCUGCCCAUAUGCCCAGGAUGAGUUGGAUGACGUGAACGUCUGGUAUUGACAGAGGACAUCGGAAUCUCUGCCUACAUGACAUGUACGUCUCUGGGAUAUGUGGGUGGAAAACAUUGUUAUGUCGGGUACUGAGAUGAGUAGAAUGGCUUCCCUCCAGCAUUGGUUACAAAAUGCCCAUCAUGCUUCAGGGAAUCAGACACACCUGGAAUGGCUGACAGCUGCCAUCAGGGUAGUUUGGCCUAAUCAGGGUGAUUUACCAUAUUUUCCCAGUAGUCAAAAAACAUAUGCAGAGCUCCAAUAGGUAGUGCAGGAAUUGGGUAUGAAAAAUAUCCUCUAUAAUAUGGACUCUAGGGCCCUGGUGAGGUGUUGUUUACUGUAGGAAUGUGGAACCUGGUGUGGCAUAAGCUCCCACGUCUCUCUUUGGGUCCCUAGUGACUACUCUUGCCCCCCACCUAGGGCAACCCAUAAGUGAGGCUACUCAUAUUUUAGCAGAUCUGGGGGAGAUUGAAACAAUAAGGACACGGAGGGAAGUACAGACCACGACUGAAAGAAGUACAAAGAGACCCGUGAAGGUCUCAAGGACCCUGAUAUGGGUUGAUUUGGUAAAGGCCUGGUUAGUGAAAGAAAAACCCCAUGGGCAGCCCAAUAGAAUCUUUUUAGAACUGUGGCACCAAUUAAAGCCAGAGUAGCAGUUCCAGCCCCUGAGGUCCAGGACAUGGAAACCAGAGUCAAGGCCUCAUACCUGGCCUGUGUCCCUGCAGAACUUCAUGGGAGACAGUACUCAGGAUUUGCCUGAGCCCUCACCGCCACGGGAGGAUGAUUGGGCAUCAUGGUUCAACUGGGAGAGUGGUCAAAGUACCCACCUUGGGUGACAUGGUGGGGACCAGAGGCCACAUGUAGAAUUAGCAAUUCAUUGGUCCCCUGUGAAUGUACAAUGUGUCCUGGUGCUGGUGGAACACAGGAGCUGAGUGUUCUUUGAUUCAUGGCAACCCUGAUCAUUUUACCGGGACCCCAACUUAGAUACAUGGCUAUCAGGGUAAGACAUUUAGAGAGAAGAAAGCCCAAAUCUCAUAGGGGUUAAGGCGUUUAACUCCCAAAGGACUAUACUGUGUACAUUUCUCCCAUUCCUGAAUAUAUUUUGGGGGUAGAUAUUAUGGUUACAGACCACUGCAGGUGAGUUCAGACUAAGGGUACGUGUGGUAAAGGCAGUUCUGAGGGGACAUGCUAAGCACCCAUCUUCAGCUCUGCCUGUACCUCUGCGGGUGACAAAUACUAAGUAUAAAUUGCCUGGGAGCACAAGGAAAUUGGAAAAACUACAGGAGUUGGAGAGGGUGGGCAUGAUAAAGCCCACUCAUAGUCCUUUUAAUUCCCCAGUGUGGCCAGAGAGAAAGCCAGAUGGAUCCUGGUGGGUGACUGUAGACUACAGGGAAUUGAAUAAAGUCACACCCCCUUUGCAUGCUGCUGUCCCCUCUAUAGCAGACAUUCUGGACACCCUCAGCCAAGAGCUGGGAACAUAUCAUUAUGUACUAGACCUUGCUAAUGCUUUCUUCUCUAUGGACAUAGCACAGUAAAGCCAGGAACAGUUUGCCUUCACAUAGGAAGGCCAGCAGUGGACAUUCACUGUCCUUUCACAGCGAUACCUCCAAAGUCCCACCAUCUGUCAUGGACUUGUAGCCCGCAUCUUGUCCACAUGGAAGAAACCGCAAUGUGGUUGUAUCACUACAUUGAUGACAUUAUGCUCACAUCUGAUUCUCUUUCAGAUUUAGAAGGGCAGUUCCUAAACUGUUGCAGCUUCUACAGGAAAAAGGAUGGGCUGUGAACAGCACCAAGAUUCAGGGACCUGCUUUGUCUGUGAAAUUCUUGCAGGUUUUCUGGUCGAAUAAAACUAAAGUUGUUCUUGAAGCAGUUAUAGACAAGGUCCAGGCUUUCCCCACCCCACCACUGUGGCAGUAUUACAAGAGUUUUGGGGUCUUUGGGGCUACUGGAGAGUAUCCCGCACUUGGCACAAAUUCUGAAGCCCUUAUACCAGUUGGUACGAAAGGGCAUCAGGUGGGACUGGGAUGAGGCAUGUGCAGCUGCUUUUACUGCUGCCAAGCGGGCAGUCAAGGCCAUACAGGCCUUGAGUGUAAUGGACUCAUCAAGGCCCCGUGAGCUAGAUGUUCAUGUAAAUGAAGAUGGCUAUGGAUGGAGUCUUUGGCAGCAGCCUGAACAGACAUGCCAACCUAAUGGAUUCUGGUCACAACUAUGGAAAGGAGCAGAGGCCCGGUACACCCUGAUAGAGAAGCAACUGGCUGCUGUGUACCACACUGUGCUGGCUACGGAGCCCAUCACCGGAAUAGCUCUGACCAAGGUAAUAACCAUAUCUCCCAUCACAGGGUGGAUGCGGGAGUGGACCCAAAGGCCACGGAGUGGCAUGGCACAAACACAUACACUGGCCAAGUGGGGCGCAUAUUUACAGCAGCGCAGUGCCCUCUUUACUAGCCCCUUAAGUGGAGAAUUCCAAUGUUUAUUGGGGCCAGUGACCUAUACCACUGGAAAGCAGGAAUAACUUGCUUUUGACUCAUUGGUAGCCCAGACCCCUUAUGAGGAGGGAAAAGCCCCUAUACCUGAAGAUGCUUGGUACUCAGAUGCCUCUAGUUGUGGGUGGCCCCCAAAGUGGAGGGCUGUGGCUUUCCAUCCUAACACUGAGACAAUAUGGAUUGCAGUCAGUGAGCUGAGUUGAGGACAGUAUGGCUUGUGACCACCCAGGAGACUUCCCCCAUAGUUGUCUGCACUAACAGCUGUGCCAUCUAUUGGGGCUUGACCCUGUGGCUACUGACAUGGUAUCAUGCCAACUGGAUGGUUAGUCACCAGCCCCUUUGGCGGCAAGAGUUGUGGCAAGACUUACGGACCUCUGGUCAAACUAAGACUGUUACUGUAUAUCAUGUGAGAGGCCAUUUGCCUUUGGCAUCCCCAGGGAAUUGUGAAGGAGACACAUUAGCCCUGGUGCGCUGGCCAGAAGGAAAGCCUGCCUCUGAUGUGGCCCAAUGGCUACACCAGUGUUUGUUGUACGUGGGGUGAAAGAAUGUGGGCUGUAGCCCAUUGCUGGGGCUUGCCAUUGACCUUUGAGGAAGUCAGUAGAGCCUGGAAGGAGUGCCUAAGAGGGUGCUCUAAGAGGGACUUAACACCGAGUCCCACAACAACAUAGGACAAUAGUAAGGGGACUAAUACCCCUUGUCAGGUGGCAAAUAGACUAUAUUGGACCUCUGCCCAUAUCAGAAGGAUAACAGUAUGCCAUGACUUGUGUGGACAUUGCUACUGGACUAUUGCUUGGUUUUCCUGCAUGUUAUGCAGGUCAGCAAACCACCAAGAGGGGCCUGGAGCAUCUCUGCAGCCUAUGGCUGGACGGAGGUGACUGAGAGCAAUCAAGGCCCUACUUUACUGGCCAUGCGUUACAAGAAUGGGUUCAGCAAUUAGGAAUAAAGUGGAAAUUUCAUGUACCAUAUAAUCCUACCGGGACAGGCAUGAUAGAGAGGUACAACAAUUUAUUGAAUUCUGGCCUGACAUCAGACAGCAGUAGCCUAAGGGGUUGGUCAGUUUGCCUAUGGACAGUGCUGCGGCAUUUGAAUGAGAAGUCACAUAAAGGAGCUCUUAGCCCUGUGGAUAUGCUCACACACCUUGCUGCCUCUCCUGUACAAUUGUACAUCCAAACCAAAGAAUUUAUUGAAGCCAAGAUAUGGCCAGGGGAGCAACAUCCUGCUGCCAGCCCCUACUGCAUUAAGCCCUGGAAACACUGUUGAAUGGACCUGACCCUGGACAUUUUGACACAUGGAGCAGUGAUGGCUGGCCCUUCUGGCACCUUGGGGGAAAGGUCUAGAAGCUGUCCUCCUGUGUAUUCCUGGAAUAACAGCUGAAUGGCCCCCAAAGGUCACAGUAGUGUACCCAAAACGUCCAGGAGGUAAGAGCAUCUUGCAGGAAAGUUUUAUCUUUAUGCCCAGUGCAUGUACCUCCCAUAGCCCUAUAUAUUGACCCUCAUGUAACUCCCACAGGGAGGGGAGUGAAAGUGUGGUAUACUAGACCAGGACGAGAUCCCACUCCUGCCACUGCUUUAUCACAAGACCACUGUCUUGCAUGUAUCCUACCUGAUGGACAAGAUUUGCCUAUGCUGGUGUCAUUAAAACAUAUAUAUUAUCACCCUUAAGGUUAUUUUCUCUGACAGUCCUUGUGGCCUGGAUACGCUCCCUGGCUGCAUCUGCCACAUGAUGAUUGCUCUGAACUGCCUGCCUAUGGAAUGGACUAGCUAUGGACUUAAUCUGCAUAAGAGUUUGAACCUUGCUGAAUCCUCUGGCUUGAGGAUUAUGAUUUUGUUGCUGUCGCUAUUGAUAUGUCAUUAGUCUGGUCACAGUCCUCCUGUUUUCUUGCCCAGGGACUAUUGCACAAAAAUGGGAAUGAGUAGAUUGUAAGGCAAGAUUUCUGGAGGGGUGGCCUGUAGGUAAAAUUGUAAUAUUUCCAGAAUAUCUCUCCUGGCUUUGCUGCAUUUGCAUAUCCUCAGGGGUGGAGAGAAGUUCAUCUCCAUGUCAUUGGGUAAUUACCUGAGCAGUGUAGGGCAUGUCUGAACCUGAGAGACUAAGGGGAGGGGCUUGCUUGCUUCCUUGCUGCUUCUGGAGCAGAGGAGAGAGACAGCAUGGGGCUGCAGUUUGUAAGCAAUAAACGGAUUUUAAACUUUAUUUCUCCCUUUGGCUGAUUUCAGUUUUCAGAAGUAUUUUGGCCCCGAGAAUUCCUCUCCUCGGAUUUACACCAAGUUACAGAAAUCCUUUUCUAUCAGCAUCACCUACACAACUAUCACAAACUGUUAGUAUAUAAAGUGCUCUGAAGAAUGAAGAGCUUCUCUGCCACCAAUACCUCACACUGGGAAACUGUCUCUUCUGCAUCACUUCCUGUCGAGGGAGAUGUACAUACAGCUUCUUUCACAGACAGUUGGUAAAGGAUGGGAGACUUGCCCAUGUGUUCACACCCAGCAGUGAUGACCUCCCGGUGGUUGGACAGUCUCCAUACCAAGGAGAGAAUUCUCAUCCGCUGGCAGUGGGCCUUCCCAGGCUCAGGCUGACGGGAGUGGACGGUGUGGGGCUACACUUCCACCACCCUGCCAUCUUUGACCAUCCUAUCACUGCUUCAGAAAGUCUAAUGGUCUCCGAUACACCUGUGGAAUUCAGUGUGGUUGCUUUAUGUGUAACAUUUUUCAAAAGUCUGUUUUCAUUGAACAGUAGGGUGGGCGCAACAUUGCUGAGAUCUCUUUGCAAGCACUAAAAAUAUCUACUUAUUGUGUGAGAAAGUAGUAAACCAUAGUCUUUAAAAACUAGACUGUCUCCACUCUGUAUGUAGGUGAAUGGAGGAAGAUUUACUAAUGCCUCUACUAUCGCAUAGAAAAUAUGGACACCCUAGAAAAUCAAUCUUUUUCGAUUAUACUACCAGACCCUGUAUGUAUCUGUAACUCUUCACUGAGCAAUAUAUCGGAUCAGAAAAAAACGGACCAUGUUUGAUGAGGUUCAGAAACAAAAAAGCUUUGGGGAGAAAGAUGUGAUUCUCAGUGUCUAGAGGGGCAAACCCAUAUUCAGAGGUGAUCUCUAGGGAUAGAGCCCCCUGGGUGUUCCUGCACAAGUCAGUGUCCACCAGGAUUCCUUCCUUUUAUCAGAAGAUGUGGGUCACUGUAAGAAACAAGAUGGAACCAAGCCAGAGGAGGCAGGAAUGGAAAGGGUAAGACCUGUAACUCCAGGGAGAGGAAAUCCUGGGGCAAAAUACGUCUUAAGACUGAAAUAAGUCAAAGGGAGGAAAAAAGUUUAAAACCCAUUUAUUGCUUACAAACCAGUCCAGCAUGUCUCUCUCCCCUGCUCCAGAACAAGCAAGCAAGCCACUCCCCUUAACCUCUCAAGUACAGACACGCCCUCAUUGACAUGGAGAUGAACUUCUCUCCAUCCCUGAGGUUAUGCAAAUGCAUCAAAGCCAAGUAAGAUAUUCUGGAAAUGUUAACAAUUUUACCCACAGACCAAGUCCUACAGCUAUAGUUUGUGCCCGGGGUUCAGCUGUGGCUGACACCUGUGCUUGGUCUUUUCCAUAUAUAUCCAAAAGAAUACUGGCUCUGUUCACGAAAUGUUUUUCUGAAAACUCAGACCUUUAUAUGGUGACUGGCUAUUUUAAUUUUUCAGUAAUAUAAAUUUCAGUUUCAAGAAAAGGAGACAGACUUGAAUAACUUUCUCCAAAAAAUUAUUCUAGCAUUUAAAGUAAUGAAGAAAUGAAAUACAUUAAGUAUGUUGGGUUUAUAUAGCCAUCUAGCUUAGUAUUAGACUAGCAAACAGUCUCAGUUCACCUAGUUCCAUAACAUGUACAGUUAGAUCUCUUAUUUGAGAUCUUUUUUUCUUAAUGUAGGUGUUUAUGAACUUCCCUCUUAUAACUGUUUUUGCUGUAUCUCAUAAAUUUUAUUAUGUUGUGUAUCUAUUUUAAUUUUCUCCAAGGUAUUUUUCAAUUCUCUUUUGAUUUAUUUUGACCCACUAGUUGUUCAGAAGUAUUGUUUAAUUUUCAAAUAUUUGUAAACUUUCCAGUAUUCUUGUAAUUGAUUUGUAAUUUCAUACCAAUCUUGUCACAGACACCCUUGUUCAUUCUUUUAAAGAACUCCAAGAGUUUGGGAUUCCUCGAUAUUUACUUGAUGAUAUUAGUAAAAAUAUAAAUACAUUGGACUCACUCAGUUAUAGUCAUAAUCAUUAGAUUAUGACCCAUUCAUUUUAUUAAGUAAGUAAAUAUUUACUAAAGGGCUUUCAUAAGGCCAGAAAUUGGACUAGUGAGAAUUCAAAAAUGAACACAGAGAUCUUAGCCUACUGUAGUUUUAAUUUGAGUGAUGAGGAGGAGCCAAGAUGGCGGCGUGAGUAGGGCAGCGGAAAUCUCCCAAAACCAUAUAUAUUUUUGAAAAUACAGCAAGUACAACUUUUCCUAAAAGAGAGACCAGAAGAUACAGUACAACAGCCAGGCUACAUCUACAUCUGCGAGAACUCAGCACCUCACAAAGGGGGUAAAAUAAAAGCCAUGGCCGAGCAGGACCCGAGCGCCACCCCCAUCCCAGCUCCCUAGUGGGAGGAAAGGAGACCAGGGAGGGAGAGGGAGCCCAGGACUGCUAAAUACACAGCCCUCGUCAUUCACACCGGGAGUGCAGACACAGUGCAUGGUGUGCUGGAUAUCAGGGAAACAGAAUAGUAAAAUCUGCGAGUGGGUCCCCACGGCCGGUGCCUCUGGGACAAAAGAAAAGCGAGUGCUUUUUUGAAAGUCUAAAAGGGACAGGGGCCUCACAGCUGGACGGAAGCAUCCCAGCACACUCAGCAGCUGGGAAAUCCGGGGAACUCUGGGCACCCUGACCCUCUGGGAGGCAGCGCAGCUCUGAGGCCCCUCACGGCGGUAAACAGCCUCCCAUCUAUUCCCCCUCUGUCGUAGCUCCACAAUAGCAGGGGAGCAGCCUGAGAGUGGCCAUACCCACAGCAACAGCCCAGAGCCUCCUCUGCAGACACCCGGGCCAGACUCAGAGGCCGCAUCAGCAUGCAGCUGCCCAGCACAAGACAACUAGGGGUUGCCAUUCUCGCAGGAGAGGAGGGCAACCAACAAGUGGGAAGGGACUUUGUUCUCCCAGCUGACACAUGCGCCAACUGCCCACGACUACCUCUAUCACCAUAAAAAGUCAGAAGAAUUUGAUCCAGACAAGAAUAACCCAGACAACCCCUGAGAAGGAGCCUGGGGAGAUAGAUUUAAUCAAUCUUCCUGAAAAAUAAUUCAAAAUAAAGGUCAUAACCAUGCUGAUGAAGCUGCAUAGAAAAAUGCAAGAGCUAACGGAUAAAGUUGGGAGGGAGAAUACAGAAAUAAAACAAUCUCUGGAAGGACUUAAGAGUAGACUGGAUGAGGUGUAAGGAGCCGUUAAUGAAGUAGAAAUCAGAGAACAGGAACAGAGAAGCUGAGGCAGAGAGAGAUAAAAGGAUCUCCAGGAAUGAAAGAGUAUUAAGAGAACUGUGUGACCAAUCCAAACAGAACAAUAUCGGCAUUAUAGGGGUACCAGAAGAAGAGAGAGAAAAAGGGUCAGAACCUGUAUUUGAAGAAAUAAUUGCAGAAAACUUCCCCAAAAUGAGGCAGGAAAUAGUCUCUCAAACCAUGGAAGUCCACAGAACUCCCAAAAGAAGGGACCCAAGGAGGACACCAAGACACAUAAUAAUUAAAAUGGUGAAGAUCAAGGACAAGGACAGAGUAUUAAAGGCAGCCAGAGAGAGAAAAAAGGUCACCUACAAAGGAAAACCCAUCAGGCUAUCAUCAGACUUCUCAACAGAAACCUUACAGGCCAGAAGAGAAUGGCAUGAUAAAUUUAAUGCAAUGAAACAGAAGGGCCGUGAACCAAGGAUACUGUAUCCAGCACGAUUAUCAUUUAAAUAUGAAGGAGGGAUUGAACAAUUCCCAGACAAGCAAAAGUUGAGGGAAUUUGCCUCCCACAAACCACCUCUACAGGGUAUUUUACAGGGACUGCUCUAGAUGGAAGCACUCCUAAGACUAAAUAAAUAGAUGUCACCAGAGAAAAUAAAAUCAUAGCAAAGAAAGCAAACCAACCAAAUACUAACUAAAGGCAAAAAAUAAAAUCAACUACUCAUAAAAGCAGUCAAAGUAAACACAAAAGAGCACAGAAUAAAACACAUAACAUAUAAAGAAUGGAGGAGGAGGAAUAAGAAGGAAGAGAAAGAAAGAAUCAUCAGACUGUGUUUAUAAUAGCUCAAUAAGCGAGUUAAAUUUAACAGAUAGUAAAGAAGCUACACUUCAACCUUUGGUAACCAUGAAUCUGAAGCCUGCAAUGCAAUAAGUACAUAUCUUUCAAUAAUCACCCUAAAUGUAAAUGGACUGAAUGCACCAAUCAAAAGACACAGAGUAACAGAAUGGAUAAAAAAGCAAAUCCCAUCUAUAUGCUGCUUACAAGAGACUCACCUCAAACUCAAAGACAUGCACAGACUAAAAGUCAAGGGAUGGAAAAAGAUAUUUCAAGCAAACAAGGAGAAAAAAGAAGGUGUUGCAGUACUAGUAUCAGACAAAAUAAACAUCAAAACAAAGAAGUAACAAGAGAUAAAGAAGGGCAUUACAUAAUGAUAAAGGGGUCAGUCCAACAAGAGGAUAUAACCAUUAUAAACAUAUAUGCACCCAAUACAGGAGCAUCAACAUAUGUGAAACAAAUACUAACAGAAUUAAAGGAGGAAAUAGAAUGUAAUGCAUUCAUUUUGGGGGACUUCAACACACCACUCACUCCAAAGGAUAGAUCCACCAGACAGAAAAUAAGUAAGAAUACAGAGGCACUGAACAACACACUAGAACAGAUGGACCUAAUAGACAUCUAUAGAACUUUACACCCAAAAGCAGCAGGAUACACAUCCUUCUCAAGUGCACAUGGAACAUUUUCCAGAAUAGACCACAUACUACGCCACAAAAAGAGCCUCAGUAAAUUCAAAAAGAUUGAAAUUCUACCAACCAACUUCUCAGACCACAAAGGUAUAAAACUAGAAAUAAACUGUAAAAGGAUGCAAAAAAGCUCACAAACACAUGGAGGCUUAACAACAUGCUCCUAAAUAAUCAAUGGAUCAGUGACCAAAUUAAAAUAGAGAUCAAGCAAUAUAUGGAGAAAAAUGACAACAACAGCACAAAGCCCCAACUUCUGUGGGACACAGCAAAAGCAGUUCUAAGAGGAAAGUAUAUAGCAAUCAAAGCUUAUUUAAAGAAGGAAGAACAAUUCCAAAUGAAUAGUCUAAAUUCACAAUUAUUGAAAUUGGAAAAAGAAGAACAAAUGAGGCAUAAAGUCAGCAGAAGGAGGGACAUAAUAAAGAUCAGAGAAGAAAUUAAUAAAAUUCAGAAGAAUAAAACAAUAGAAAAAUCAAUGAAACCAAGAAUUGGUUCUUUGAGAAAAUUAAUAAAAUAGAUAUUAUUAAGAGAAAAAGACUUAUUAAGACUUAUUAAGAGAAAAAGAGAAUCAACACACAUCAACACAAUCCAAAACAAGGAAAAACCACGACGGACCCCACAGAAACACAAAGAAUUAUUAGAGAAUACUAUGAAAACCUAUAUGCUAACAAGCUGGAAAACCUAGAAGAAAUGGACAACUUCCUAGAAAAAUACAACCUUCCAAGACUGACCAAGGAAGAAUCAGAAAAUCUAAACAGACCAAUUAAAAACUGGUAAUCAAAAAACUACCCAAGAGCAAAACCUCCAGGCCAGAUGGAUUUACUGCAGAAUUUUAUCAGACAUACAGAGAAGACAUAAUACUCAUUCUCCUUAAAGUUUUCCAAAAAAUAGAAGAGGAGGGAAUGAAUACUCACAAAUUCAUUAUAUGAAGCCAGCAUCACCCUAAUACCAAAACCAGGCAGACCUCACCAAAAAAUUAUGGAUAUUUUAAGAAUAUGAAUUCUUCCAAUCUAUGAGCAUGAAAUUAACUGCAUUUAUUUGUGUCUCCUCCAGUUUAUUUCAUCAGUGCAUUAUACUUUUCACCAUACAGGUCUUUUACCUCCUCGGUCAAAUUUAUUCCUUGGUAUUUUAUUCUUUUUGAUGCAGUUGUAAAUAGGAUUGUUUUCUUAAUUUCUCUUUCUGAUAGCUUACUAUGUAUAGAAAUACCACAGAUUUUCAUGUAUUGGUUCUUUUUCUGCAAUUUUACUUAAUUCAUUUAUUAAUUCUAACAUGUUUUUGGUGGAGUCUUUAGGGUUUUGCAUAUAUAUAUAUAUCAUAUGCAAAUAGUGAGUUUUACUCUUCCUUUCCAGUUUGGAUGCCUUUUAUUUUUUUGUCUUGCCUAUUUGCUCUGGUAAGUAGAACUUCCAACAGUAUGUUGGAUAAAAGCAGUUCAAGUGGGCAUCAUGUCCUGAUCUUAAAGGAAAAGCUUUCAAGCUUUCAACUAUUCACCAGUGAGUAAGAGGUUAGCAGUGGGCUAGUUAUAUAUGGUUUUACUUAUUGAGGAUCAUGCCCUGUAUACCCACUUUGUUGAGAGUUUUUAUCAUAAGCAGAUGUUGAAUUUUGUCAAGUAUAUUUUCCGCAUCUGUUGAGAUGAUUAUAUAAUUUUUAUCCUUUAUUUUAUUAACAUAAUUUAUCACAGUGAUUGAUUUGUAGAUGUUGAACUAUUCUUGCAUCACUGGAAAAAUCCCACUUGAUCAUGAUAUAUGAUUCUUUUUACUGUACUGUUGAAUUUGGUUUGCUACAAUUUAUAGAGGGCUUUUGUAGCUGUGUUCAUCAGGGAUUACUGACUUGUAGUUUUCUUGUGGUGUCCUUGUCUGAGAUUGUUAUCAGUGUAAUGCUGGCAUCAUAAAAUGAAUUUGGAAGUAUUCUCCCUCUUCUGCUUUUUGGAAGAAUUUAAAAAAUAUUGGCAUUAAUUCUUGGAAUGUUUAAUAAAAUUUACCAGUGAAGCCAUCUAGUCCUGAACUUUUGUUUGUGGACAGGAUUUUAAUUACUGAUUCAUUCUUCUUACUAGUAAUCAGUCUAUUUAGAUUUUCUCUUACUUCAUAAAAUAGAAGUACAACUCAUAAAAAGUGCAGUUAAAACUUAUGAAAGGGUGUAGGUUCCCCUACAGCUGCCUAGAGGUUUUAAUCUCUCAAGCUUGUUCUAAUUUACUUUUCAGCAAUUAGUCAAUUAUACUUGAAUUGUUUCUGUGAGGCUCCAGAAUCUACUUUUGCUUGCAGAGAGCUGUGAUUCUAUGUUUUCACCUGUCUCUCCACUUUUUGGGAUUUGCUAAAUGUUUUAAGGAUAUAUAAGGCAUAUAUAAGGAGCUUCUACAACUCAACAACAAGGUAAUCCAAUUUAAAAAAUAGGCAAAGGAUUUGAUAGACAUUUCUCCAAAGAAGAUAUUCAAAUGGCCCAGUAAGUAUCUGAGAAGGUGCUCAGUAUCACUCAUCAUUAGGAAAAUACAAACCAAAACCACAUACCUACCACCUCAUAUAUAUCAGGAUGGCCACUAUGAAAAGAACAGAAAAUAGUAUGUUCACAGGUAUGUGGGAAAUCUUGGAACCCUUGUGUACUGUGGUGGGAAUGUUAAAUGGUGCAGCCAUACAGGAAACAGUAUAGAGGUUCCCCAGAUAAUUAGAAAUAAAAUUACCAUGCCAUCUAGCAAUUCUAAUUCUGGGUAAAUAGCCAAAAGAACAUAAAGUAGUGUCAUGGUCAUGGCAACAUUAUUCACAAUAGCCAAAAGAUAGAAGUAACAUGUCUCUGGACAGAUGAACAGAUAAAGAAAAUAUGAUACAGACAUACAGUGGAGUACUAUUCAACCUUAGAAAAGAAGGAGCCUGGCCACAUGCUACAACAUGGAUGAACAUAGAGGAUAUUAUGCUAAUGAAUCAAGCCAGGCACAAAAGGACAAAUACUGUAUUAUUCCACUGAUGUGAAAUACCUAAAAUAAUCACAAUCAUAGAAGCAGAAAGUAGAAAGGUAGUUACCAAGGGUUAGAGGCAGAGGGGAUUAUUGCUUAAUGGUAUAGACUUGUAGUGCUGCAAGAUGACAAAGUCCCAGAGAUCACAGGAGAGUGAAUAUACUUAACACUACUGAACCAUAAAAAUGUGUAAGAUGGAUUUGAUAAUAUGGGUGGAUGUAGUAACCACAAUGUUGUUCAUGUGAAACCUUCAUAAGAGUGUAUAUCAAUGAUACCUUAAUAAAAAAAAAUGGGUAAGAUAGUAAAUUUAACGUGGGUUUUUUUGUUUUUUUUUUUACUUUUAAAAUACGAUUUUUAUUGAACAUGUAUAAGAUUCACCUUUGCAUUGUCACAAAUACUUUACAAUAAAAAAUUAGUUUUUGUAAAAGAACACAU